AUGAUAAGAUGGCACGCUUUAGCUUGGCCCAGCGAUUCUUUCCAAAGUAAUGUCAAAUAUCAAACCAAAUAUUUCAAACAACGAUUAGAUCAUUUUAGCCCAGCAGACGAUAGAAAAUUCCAGCAGAGGUAUUUAAUCUCACAAAAAUAUUGGAAAAAAGGCUCACCCAUCUUCUUCUAUACUGGCAACGAAGGGGAUAUUACCUGGUUUGCUAAAAACACGGGUUUUAUGUGGGAUAUUGCUCCAGAAUUUAACGCCAUGCUGAUAUUUGUUGAGCAUCGUUACUACGGAAAAACUUUGCCUUUCGGAAAGGAUUCCUUUAAGGAUAAAGAACAUCUAGCCUAUCUCAGCUCGGAACAAGCACUUGCUGAUUUCGCUCAAUUUAUCGUUGACUUCAAAGCGGAAACUCAUGGUACCCAAAAUAGUUCAGUAAUAGCUUUUGGUGGCUCUUAUGGAGGCAUGCUAACUGCAUGGCUAAGAAUAAAAUAUCCCAAUAUUGUUGAUGGUGCUAUAGCCGCUUCAGCUCCAAUUUGGCAAUUAGAAGGGUUAACUCCUUGCGAUCGAUUCUCUAGCAUAGUAACAAAUACAUUCAAAUUAGCUUAUCCAGAGUGUCCAAAGAAUAUCAGAAAUUCCUGGAAGGUAAUUAGAAAAUUAGGAUCAACCAAAAGUGGAAGACAUACUCUCUCCACUACUUUAAAACUUUGUAACCCGUUAAAGAGUCCAUCUGAUGUAGACGCACUAGUUAAUUGGCUAUCAAGUAUCUGGGUUAACCUUGCUGAAGUCGAUUAUCCUUACCCAGCUAAUUUUCUGGAGCCAUUACCUGCUAAACCAGUUAAGGCUGUUUGCGCUUCUCUACAAAAACCAUUGGCUAACGACACUCUGUUAAUACGAGGAAUUGCUAAGGGUUUAAAUGUUUAUUUCAAUCAUACCGGUAAUAGUAAAUGUUUUAACACAGAUCAGGAUGCGACAUCACACUUGGGUAUAGCAGGAUGGAAUUUUCAGUCUUGCACAGAAAUGGUUUUACCCGUGUGCAUGGACGGAGUACAUGAUAUGUUUGAACCUACACCAUUUAACCUCACAGCUAUGGCUGCUAUCUGUAAAGAACAGUAUGGUGUUAGAACAAGACCAUUCUGGGCACAAACCUUGUACGGUGGCAAGAGAAUUAAAGCUGCCAGCAACAUCGUAUUUAGUAAUGGUAACCUAGAUCCUUGGUCUGGUGGUGGUGUCUUAAAAUCACUUUCUAAAUCUCUAGUUGCCAUUGUAAUUGAAGGCGGUGCACAUCAUCUUGAUCUUCGCCAUGCAAAUAAAGAUGAUCCUGCAACGGUCAAGCAUGCCAGAAAAAUUGAAAAAAUGCACAUAGCAAAAUGGAUCAAAGAAGCCAGUAACGAAUAG